AUGUCCCAGGCAAGACUUACCAACUUAUCCAUUAUAUCCAUCGAAAAAUCCUUCUGCGAAGACUUGGAUAUAGAUGAUGUGAUUAGAAAUUUUGCUGUUGCCAAGGCUCGAAGAGUGAACCCAAAGAAGGAACGCUACUGGACUCAUGUUAGCUCAGAUGCCUGUAGGUUUGCUAUGAUGUGGAAAUACGGUGGCAUUUAUAUGGAUUCCGAUAUCAUAUCAAUACGUCCAAUCCCCCAUGAUCAUUUUCUAGCAGCUGAACAUUCCAAAUCCACCAGCAGCAGUGUAUAUGGCCUCUCCCCAUUUCACAACUUGACUUGGCUUUUUAUGGAGGACUUUGCUCAGAACUACAGGGGAGAUCUAUGGGGACACCAAGGACCAGAAUUGUUUACACGUAUUGUGGUAAAAUUGUGUGGUAUGCCCGAAUUUACCACUAUAGAUGAUCUGAUGUGUGUAAAUUUACCCUAUUUACACCCUUGUCGCUUCUAUCCCCUUUCUUAUGAAUCGUGGAAAAAGUAUUUUGAAGUUUGGGAGAAUUUUCCAACAUUUCAUAACUCCUAUGCCUUGCAUCUAUGGAAUUACAUGAAUAAUGAGGGUAAAACUAUGGUACCCGGGAGCAACACAUUGGCGGAGCGUCUUUACCAAAAACAAUGCCCUACUACCUAUGACUAUAUUUUGAAAAAUAAUCUUUAACCAGAUCUACUGAAUCCCUCAUAUGGCUAAAAGCAGAUCUAUAGUGAAAAAAUAAAAUAUGCUUUUACUUA